GGGACCGAGAGUUGAUGUGUUUUCUCCGCCGGCCUUGGAGGCACCUAAGCCGGAUAGUUAGAAUGAGUAACCCCGCUGAACUCCCAAUGAAGGAACCGGAGUAAUUUGAAUUCUGAUUAUAUUCUUACACAAUUAUUAUCAGUUACAAACUCUCAAUUUUUUUUUUAAACAACAUUUAUUUUUUGUUGUAUUAUUCGUUAGCUUAAAAAAAAAUUAUAAUAUUAUAUUUAAAAAAAAUAUAUAACAUUUUUUAUUUUUUUUAUUUUGGAGGGACCAGUCUCUUCGUGGCUUAACGGUUUCUUGGUGUUUUGGGGUUUUUUUGAAACGCAUCCAUCAUCUCUGGGGUUGUGAGCGCAAGAGAGAAGGACGCACCCGGUGGGCCUCGUGAAGACGUUCAUACCGUAAGGGGCCUCCAUCCCCCAGCCGUGAGAGCCAGCUACGAUGGAGAUUCACUGUAAACACGACCCGUUCGCUGCGAUGCACAGACAUGGAGGGGUGAAUCAGUUAGGAGGCGUGUUCGUGAACGGCAGGCCCCUCCCAGAUGUGGUGCGAACGCGAAUCGUAGAGCUGGCUCACCAAGGGGUCCGCCCCUGUGAUAUCUCUCGACAGCUCCGGGUCAGUCACGGAUGUGUCAGCAAGAUACUGGGGAGGUACUAUGAGACAGGAAGUAUCCGUCCCGGGGUGAUUGGAGGAUCCAAACCAAAGGUUGCUACACCCAAAGUGGUGGAUAAGAUCGCCGACUACAAACGCCAAAACCCCACCAUGUUCGCCUGGGAGAUACGAGACAGACUAUUGGCUGAGAGAGUGUGUGACAACGACAGUGUUCCCAGUGUCAGCUCUAUCAACAGGAUCAUCAGGACUAAAGUCCAGCAGCCUCCGGGUCAGUCAGGACCUCUCUCUGCUCAUAACCUGGCGUCGUCGGUAGCGUCGACACAGGUUUCCGCGGUGACCAGUGACUCGGCUGGCUCCUCCUACUCCAUCAGCGGCAUUCUGGGAAUCAGCUCAGCUAACGACGGCAAGCGGAAGAGAGACGAUGCCCUCCAGGAGUCUCCUCUAGCCAAUGGCCAUGGUCCAGGAGGGCGGGACUUCCUGAGGAAGCAGAUGAGAGGGGACCUCUUCUCGCCUCAGCAGAUUGAGACAUCAGAGUAUUCGGCCAUGGCUCUAGCCGGUGGAUUGGAGGAGAUGAAAACCAAUCUGGCCAAUCCAGGGUCAGCGGGGGAGCUAGGAGCCAGUGUUCCGGGCCCACAGUCCUAUCCACUGCCAGGUCGAGACCUCUGCAGCACCACCCUCCCCGGCUACCCCCCACACGUCCCCCCAACGGGCCAGGGCAGCUACUCUGCCUCCUCACUGACUGGUAUGGUACCCGGAGGAGAUUUUUCCGGGAGUCCCUAUUCCCACCCUCAGUAUUCCACAUAUAACGAGUCCUGGAGAUUUCCAAACCCCAGCCUGUUAGUGUUCCAACAGGACUAUGGGUCUCUCCUGGGGACGGAGAUCGGAUGUUCCUCUGGGCUCUUCACCGCCAGCCAGACGGGACAGAUGCAAGGGUCGCCGUACUACUACAGCGCGGCAUCGAGAGGGGCGGGACCGGCUGCCACGGCAACUGCCUCCGCCUACGACCGCCACUGACCCCACCCAUCAACGAUGAAGAGGAGGAUGAGGAUGAGGAGGAAGAAAGGAGAGAUAGCACCAGCACUGUCCAAUACUAGCCUGCCUACUGACGGAGGAGAAACAGGAAGGAGGAAGGAGAGGAAGUGGAUGAAGAGGAAGAUGAGGAGGAGGAGGAGGAGGAAGAUGAGGAGAAACAGGAAGGAGAGGAG